UAUCUAUGGUUUUUACUGUACUAUUUGAAACGAUGCUACAUAUUUACCUCGAUUUCCCUAGUUUUCCCAGAUUUACUCAAGUUUUUACCAUGUUUUCCCGGAAAGAUGUCAACUGUCAAAUACUCCCGUCAAACUAAAACGGUUACCAUGGCAACGUGAAACAUCAACAAUGCCAAAGAAAGGUUGCUGACUUGCCUAACCUUGGUCAUUCUUGAAAAAUCCUGAGCGAAUACAAACACCAGCUGCCAUGCCUGAACUCAUAGAGCAGAUGUAUUGUUCUCAGCAAAUCGUUAUACCGCCAAAGUUUCCAUAUUUAUUGAAGAAGUACUGCAAAGCUGCGAUUAAGACUCAACCAUACGAUCUCCUUCGAUGGUCCUUCGAGUACUUCAAGGCGUUAGCCGAGAACCGGCCGCCACCUGUGAAGCUUCGCCUGGAGUACCCAGUCUUCAGUACGGAAGGUGGUCUUACCAGGGGAUGUCUUAAAGUCAUCGCCAAUCAGCUGGCUGGAAUGACUGUAAUGCCUCUUCCAGUCAUCAAGGCAGCUUGGGGCGGAUUUUGUCUGGACAAGAUGGAGUUAAAGCAGAUCUUGUGCCUCUGCGAAGUAUAUACGAGGGAGGACGCUGUCCCUUUCUUGCAUUUCAUAUCGGUAGCUGCAGGAUUGUUGACUAAGAGUCUCACCCACACCAUGAUCCUGCUAUGCGAAUCCCUCACCAAGGAGCCAGAUGGAGGAUCAGCCGCCAUUGCUGUUCAAGACUUCCUCACAAUGUACAAGUAUUUGGCCAAAAUCGACGCUUCAAAGGACGUCAAGUAUAUAGAUGGUUAUAGAGAAGGUCAAGCCCCUAAGCCUGAAUCCAUAGCCGAAGAAGAGGCUUCAGCGCCCGAAGAAGAACCUUCCGAGACUUCCUCCGACGAAUACUGGGAGGAUACACGAGAUAUUCGCAGACUCACAGUGAUUAACGACAAAGUACCGUUCACGGCACGGUUAAGCUUGAAACUGACAAAGUCCGCCGUUGGAAAGAUCGAACGGUCGCCGUCAGUGGAAAGGGAAGCCCAGAUCGAGAGAGAGAACUAUUCGAGGGAACGCAAAGGUAGACCUUCUCGAAGUGAAGAAGUCGAUCAAAAGCUGGCCGCCAUUAGUACCGCCAUGAUGAGCACGGGUGAUGCUACUAAAGAAGCACCGAAAGAGAAACCAGUUGAAGCAAUCCCGGAGAAGAAAGAAGGCAUCGAGAUAUUCGUGUACGAUGAAGACGAAAAUGAGAUUCCAUACGAAUUCUACGGUGAACCUAAAGUUAUUGAAGAAGAAGACGAGGCUAAUGAAGGGGAAAAAGUAGAUCAACCAGAGCACGUUCUAGAUACACAAGAGGAAGAAUUAAAGUCAACGGAAGAAGAACCGGCUACUAAAGUAGCAGAUUUUGUCGCAGAUGCUAGAGAAGCAAAGCAAGAGAGAAUAGAAGAUAUGGAGAGAACUUUAGAUGAGAUAGCAGCACUAGUCGACAGAUUCAAAUCCGCUAACUAUGACCUGGGUAUGGUGGCUGGUAGGCAGAUGUCAACGACGAGUGGGGAAUUCAUAGUACAGCACAUAGAGAAGGAGAUAAUGGACUACAUAGAUGAGCAAAUAGCUGUUCUACCAGAUCCAGACUUGAAGAAGAAGAAGGCUAAGCCGGAAGAGGUGGAAAUGGUCCACGAGCUUCUGCAGACUUUCAUUGAUGAAAAUAUGGACGUAAUUGUUCCUGAGAUCGAAGAAGUAGAAGAAGAGGAACUACCGAUACCAGAUAUAGUGCUGGUAUACGCUGUGCCCGGAAUAGGGCCGGUGGUGGAUGCGGAUAUUGUGAGAGAAUUUGUUGACUACGCCCUGGACAUUUGCAAGGUGCAAGCCGACUUGUUCAUGCCGAGGAACAUCAGGCACUUUAUGUGUCCGCCGCUCGAGAAAUAUGAAGAAACCAAGUACGAACUACCAGCACCGCGCGUAUCUAAGGAAGAGGUAGCCACUGGUGGAAUUAUCACUGAUUGAAAAGUUUCACGCGAUUAGAAUAGAAAUGUUAGGUUAUAUUUUGCCUAUACCAUAACACUAUGUUAUAGGCAAAUCACACAGUUGUAAUAACCUAUUUGUUUUUAGUCUGUGGUAUUGCCUAAAGUUGUUUGGCUUUGUAUGUAAAAUAGAUUUUGAUUUAAAUAGACAGCACAGUACAGCCAAUCCAUUUAUUGAAUUUUGAGUUAAUGCUUGUUAAGUGUUAUUAACCAAAUUUUAAUCAAAAAAGGACGAGGUUAGUUAUUCGUCGUUGAUGUUUGUUUUUUAUCUAUUGCUUUCACUACGUGCGACCUAUAUAACUUGGAAACUAAAAAAAAAAUGAAACUGAAUGAUCUUAUAUCUCUGAUUAAAUCUAAACAACCAAAUAUACAUGUUUGUUGAUGUAACAAUUUUCUUGGUUAAAUUUAUUUCUAUGAUGUAUUAGCACUACUAAUACUAUCCGUUAUAAAUGUAGCAUAGUAAUUGUCAAUUCUAAUGUUGUUUUUUUUAUUAGCCGCUUUCCAGGACUUCGUAUUUGAAAUGCAAAACAACCAAAUAGCAUUUCGGCAUCUUAUCAAAAAUCAAUAUGGCUUCAAGUCAGUUAAAAGUACCGAAGAUGUAGUUUUAGAACUUUCAGAAUCAGUGAUUAAAGCCUUCAAAAAAGUCUAAAACGCUUCGAAUAUUCCUCGACCUAUCAAAAGCCUUUGAUGCGGUAUCGAUUCCUGUUGGAAUUGAAAAUCUGGAGUAUUUGCCCCGCUAAUAAAUGGCCCAAAUACUCCAGUUAUACCUA